AUGGGAACCGGCAAGAAGGAGGCGAACCGAAAGGUUCGCCAGGGCAAGACCGGCGAUGGCAUGGGCAAUGUCAAGACCAAGGGCGAAAAUUUCUAUCGCUCUGCCAAGAGAGUGCGCCAAUUGAAUAUCCUCAAGGAUGGAAAGGCCCAGCGCAAUGCCGACGGUGAGAUCACCAAGGCCGCGUCGUUCCAGAGCCGCGAAGUUCCCAACGCCCGGAUCGAGCCCAACCGCAAGUGGUUCAACAACACUCGCGUCAUCUCCCAAGAGAGCUUGACAGCGUUUCGCAGUGCCAUGGCGGAGAAGGCUGCCGACCCGUACUCGGUCCUCCUGAAGAGCAACAAGCUUCCCAUGUCUCUCAUCAAGGAAGGCGAGACCAACGGCCUCAAGAAGCACCAGGCCAAGAUGACGAUUGAGACAUCCUCUUUCGGCAGCACCUUCGGCCCCAAGGCGCAGAGGAAGCGUGUCAAGAUCAGCUCGGGCACCAUCACGGACUUGAUGGACGACGCGGACAAGAGCUUGGACACCUACAACGAGCGCCUCGAGCAGGCCAAGCUGCUCAGUGGAAACUCGGGACCUUCGGCGGACGGCGAGGACGAGGGUCACGUUACCAUGUCGAUCGAGCCCAUCUUCAACAAGGGACAGAGCAAGCGUAUCUGGAACGAGUUGUACCGCGUGUUGGAUUCUUCCGAUGUUGUCAUCCACGUCCUCGACGCUCGCGACCCUCUGGGCACGCGCUGCAAGAGUGUUGAGAAAUACCUCUCAGAGGAGGCUCCUCACAAGCACCUCAUCUUCGUCUUGAACAAGACCGAUUUGGUGCCCACCAGCGUAGCUGCUCGUUGGGUGCGAUAUUUCUCCAAGGUCAGGCCAACGCUCGCCAUGCACUCUAGCAUUACCAACCCCUUCGGCAAGGGAAGUUUGAUUGAGCUGCUCAGACAGUACGCCAAGCUCCACAGCGAGCGCAAGCAGAUCUCUGUCGGACUCAUCGGCUACCCCAACGUCGGCAAGAGCAGUAUUGUCAACACCUUGAGGAAGAAGAAGGUCGCCAACGUUGCGCCAAUUCCUGGCGAGACCAAGGUCUGGCAAUACAUCACUCUCACCAAGAAGAUCUACCUCAUUGACUGCCCUGGUAUCGUCCCGCCUUCUCAGACGGACACGCCUCAGGACCUGCUUCUGCGUGGUGUUGUGCGUGUCGAGAACGUCGAGCACCCUGAACAAUAUAUCCCUGCCGUACUCGCCAAGGUGAAGCCUCACCACAUGGAGAGGACUUACGAACUCAAGGGCUGGAAGAACCACACAGAGUUCCUCGAGAUGAUUGCCCGAAAGAGCGGUCGUCUCCUCCGCAAGGGAGAGCCUGACGUGGAUGGUGUCGCCAAGAUGAUCCUCAACGAUUUCAUGCGCGGCAAGAUUCCCUGGUUCACUCCUGCGCCGGUGGAUGAGGAUGCCGAGGCGGGUGAGGCCGUGGAGGGUCGCGGUGGUAGACUCGGAGAGAUGCCCCUGAAGCGAAAGCGGGAUGACGCUGAGAAUGCUGAGAGCAUGCCUGAUACCUCAAUGGGACCUUCCACAGUCGCUGGUGACAGCGAUGAUGAGGAAGAGGAGGAGGACGAUGAUGAGUUUGAGGGUUUCGGAUCCGAAGACGGUAAGGCCGAGGGCGACAAGUCCUUGGCCGAGGCGUCUGAAGACGCCGAUGAAGCCUCGGACGAUAUGAUCCCGCUGGACGCUGACUCUGAUGACGACUCCGCAAGUGACAGUGAGGGUGGUGACGGCGCUGCCUCGGAGACAAGCUACAAUACCUCGGUCCGUGCGAUCUCGGAUCGCGCCAGUACUAGGAGUACUAGGAGCAGCACUGCCGCCAAGAGGAGAAAGACAUGA